GAAAAAAUUGCAACCUUUUCUGCCAAUCGCUGACGAGUAUCAACGCGCAGCAGAGUUAUGCUGAGACUGCCAAUUGCCCAAACCAUGCGCCGACGCCGGAGCACAAAGGUGGCGACGCCGACGGUGGCGACGCCGCCGCUGACCGAGGCCAAGGCCGCCAAGAAGGUCAUCAAGGACCAAGCGACGUUCAAGCUGCACGUGCACGGCCUCGAGUUCCACGGCGGCGAGGAGCUCGUCUUGAACCUCGAUGCGCUCAAGGCCGAGCUCACGUUUCCGGACGACGACAACUACGUCAUGGAGAUCUACCCGCUCAACAACCACGACGAACCGCGCCGCCACUUGCUCAUGGACGUACCGUCGGCGGACGAGCUCAAGGCGAGGAAGCCAGUCAAGGGCAAAAUGUCCCUGAGCGUCCUCAAGGACACGGCAAGCCUCUUCAGCCUGCCUGCGCUCCAAGAUGUGGUCGUGCGCUUCAUCGAAAAGACGCGCGUCGAAGUCGACUUUGUCGAGGUCUCGAUGAAGGACCAGUUCCUCUCGCGGCGCGACCUCUGGUACCUCAAGCAAGCGAUGGUCGGCAAGGCCGUGUACGUCGGCAAGAUGGUGCGCAUGCAUGGCGCGCGACUCCAGAUCACCGAGAUGGUCUUUGAGAAUGAGAAUGUCACCAGCGGCGUCCUCACCGCGAAAACGUGCUUUGUGUACCGGUCCAAGUCGUCGCGGGUCUUUUGGCUUGUCCAAGUGAGCCCGGAAAUGUGGGACAUGGCCAACGACGGCGACUUGUACGCCGAAGAGCUUUUGCGCAUCGCGAGCGUGCUCUUUACAAAGUGGCAGUCGAUGCACGUGUCGCAUAGCCUCACCAUCAUCUUCUUUGCGCGGACGUUCUAUGACGCGCCGCCGCCGCCCCAUGUUCCUGCCGUCGAGGACGACGGCGUGUGGUUCCACGACUCGUACAAGGUCAUUUCGUACGGCAAGAACGGUGCGACCGAUGCGUCCGUGCUGCUCACCGACAUGAAGCGCGAGCUCAACGUCCUUCCGCACAUUUGCCAAUGGCGGCUCGAUGGCGACACGCUCCGCGCGGGCACCGGUCGCCCCGCGAGUGCCCGAGACGGCAACGUCCUCGAAGCGCUCAAUUUGAUUCUCAAUAUUUAUGAAAAGCACUACAUGGACCGGGACCUCAACCGCAGCGGCCAGAACAUUGCGCUCUUCACGGCCGGCAACGGCAUCUUCCGCGUCAACCAAGACCUCGCUGAGAUGACGGAGCAGCGCAUGAUGGACAACGGCAUUGGCUUUGACGUCAUCUCGCUGUCGACGCCGCCCAUGGAGCCCGUGCCCCGCUUCCUCUUCAAGCACCCGUCCUCCUCGAUGCCCAAGCCCGUCUUUCCCGGGGUUGUGCCCGCGUGGAUCAGCAUCUGCUUUAGCCGCUACGAAGAGCAGCUCGCAUCAGGGUUUGAGCCUCUGCCGCACUGCCGCCUCUUUGCGCUGCCGUCGACGGGCUGCCCAAAGCCUCUCGCGUUUCUACUUCGACACUUUAGCUACGACGCGGUCGCGGAUGAGCUCACGCCCGUGCCCGACGCCCACGUGCCGCCAUCGCCCGUCCCGACGACGGGCUCCAAUGCACUCGUCAAGACGCGGCCGCAUGCAAUGGUAGCCCUCGACGACUACGACGACGACGUCUUUGCUCUGCACCCGACGUCGUCCGUCUCGAGCGUCGACAAGUCCCCCGUGCUGCUGUGCGCGACACCGCCGCUGCACGGUGGCAUCUUCUUGGCCAACCCAAAGCGCCUGCCUCGGUCGAGACCGACGCUCGUGGGAUCGCUACCGAGCAACUACGGUCUCUCGCCCGAGCUCAAGGCGACGAUGGUGCCGGCGCUGCGGUCGCCCAUGCACUUUCAGCUGCCGGCGAGAUACGCAAGCCCGCAGCCGGGCGGAAGUCCGCAGUCACCGCCCCGUGGCCUCGUGGCCCGCAAGUUGACGAGCCCGCAGUUCAUGACGUCGACCAUGUCGUCGUCGUCGGCGACGUCCAAGGACAAGCCGCAGGUGUCGACCUUGUCGCUCAACAGCAACCGCCGGCGGUGGAGCCAAGUGUACCGCUACGACGUGCAGCAGCAGAGCUUCACGUUGGACUGGAAGAGUCUCUGCGUGCCGGCAUUGCUGCCGUUGACGAGCGACUUCAUGCCCAAGCCAAAAGAGCUCGGCGACCACUACUCGCAGGUGCCGUACGCCGUGACGCCGAGCCCGGUCGGCGGUAGCGAAGGCGCCAUGGCCAAUCGGUACAAGGAGGUCGUGUGGGAGAUGGUCGCCCAGCGCUUCUCGCAAGACUUCCAGCUCGUCGAAGAGAAGCUCACGCACGACAACACGACCGUGUACAAGCUCAGCAUGGGCCACCGCAUCCAUGAGAUCACGUACAACGGCGAGAGCCAGCAGAUCGACGUCAAGCGCUACCAGCUGCGUGCACGAGAACCCAGCAACGACGAUGGCACGCGGCGAGGCAGCAAGAUGGACUACCUCUACGCCAUGUGGUCGCCGCUCACGCAGACGUUCCUGCCGUCCAAGCAAGAGUUUCGCAAGUACCCGGCCCAAGAGUACAGCUGGAACUACCUUGACCAUCUCAUUUGCGGCUAUUACGACAACAUGUCGGAGCAGGUCAAGUACAAACGCGGCCACUACUGCGUGCUACCCCCUCUCCUCGCGCAUCUAACGGAAGACGACCAAGAAGCGUUCUUGCACGACUACAGCGACAAGUUUAAUCGGUUCCUCGACUACAUUCGGCUCAAGGCGCGCGGGAAGGACGACAAGGGCGAGAACGACGCGGCGCUCCUCGAUGUGACGCACCUACUGACCAAGGCGCAGCUAGCAGCGGAGGAGGGAGAGGCGCAGGCUCCGCUGCUGGCGGCAACGGCGACCAGCGAUGGCAACACAACCAACGCUGCGAGUGGCAGAAGCCCGGACGCCAAGAACGCAAGCGGUGAUGCCGUUGGCGGUGACGACAAGAGCAAGGACGUCAAGGGCAGCAACGACGAUGACAAGUGCAAAGUCAACGACAAGUGCAAAGUCAACGAGGCCAAGAGCCCGGGUGGGAUCCGCAAGGUCAUGCAGAACGUGGCCAAGAUCGCUCUCGUCGCCCCAGACGCGCCCCAGAGCCAGCAGUGGGUCAACAUUCGCUACGACAUGGAGCUGCUCUCGACGCAGUGCUUUCACAUGGAAGUCCAAUGGCUCGUGUGUCGGAGCUCGCUCGUUGACGACUUUAUCACGGGCCUCACGCGCCGUGCCAAGCAGUUUAGCCUCGACAUCAUCCCCGUGCCCGAGAACUACGGCGCGAGUACGCUCGAUAUCCACCCGCUCAUCUGCCCUGUGCACUUUCCCAUUCGAAUGCCCAGCGUACUACCGCUGCUCGAGAAGGAGCUCGUCGCGACCCUCGGCUUUUGCGUCGACGGUACGUACACGGCCUCCAAGGAGCUACUCCAGGCGCAGUACAACGUCACCAAGCCGGCGGGCGAUCGGAGUUACCGCCAGUACAUUCACCGAGAGCUCUCGUGCUUUGUGCGCGUGACCGACAGCAGCGUCGUCUGGAUCUCGAGCCGGCGCCUCCACUCGCCCGAGAUGAAGGCGCUCUUCGAGACCGUACGAGCCUUUGUCGCCGACCUUCAGCGCACCUCGGUGCCACAUGUCGCCAACAUCACCGCCACCUGCGCCGUGUAAUGGUCAUCAACGUCGUGUCGUUGCAUCGCGACAGCGCUGAUCUAUGGCGCAUGGCCGAACGAGUGGCGCCACGCAUUUACCUCUUCGUAUCUUUAUCACCUUGGCGUCCAUGCGACGCACCUUGUCCGCUCUGCGUCGGGUGGUCGACGUUCGAUGGGAAUGGCGCGCGUCGAUCUUCGCAAAAUCAUCAUCCCUUUCUACAUCUCCUAA